AGGCGGCUCCCCUCACCAUUCCGGGUCCCGCGUGACUAGCCAGGCCAAGCGGCGCGCGGGCUCCGCCUCCAGCCCUCCCGGCUCCGCCCAGGCUCCGCCUCCUCCUCCUCGUCCUCCAGCGCUUCCCCAGGGCGCGGGCAGCGGUCCAAUUGAGGCCGACCGAGUUAUGAGAGACGCCGGUCCGAGUGCGCGCAUGGCGCUGGCUCUGCUGCUGCUGGCCGGGGCCGGGGUGUCGGCCGCCGCCUCGUCCUCCGCCCCGCCGCUCUUCAACGUGAGCCUGGACGCGGCCCCCGAGCUGCGCUGGCUGCCAGUGCUGCAGCACUUCGACCGCGACUUCUUGCGCGCCUCUAUGGCGCGUAUCAUCGGGGAUACUGUCCCCAAGUGGGUCCUCGCCUUGAUCCGAAAGGCGGUCUGGGAGCUGGAGCUCUUCCUGCCCCAGCCCUUCACCGACGAGAUCCGCGGCCAGUGCGACGCUCUGAACUUCACCCUGGCCGACUGCAUCCUCCUUAACCUGGCCUACGAGUCCACAGCAUUCUGCACCAGUAUUGUGGCUCAGGACUCCAAAGGCAACAUUUAUCAUGGCCGGAACCUGGAUUACUCUUUUGGAAAUUUCUUACGCAAGUUGACAGUGGAUGUGCAGUUCAUAAAGAAUGGGCAGGUUGCUUUCACAGGAACCACCUUUAUUGGCUAUGUAGGAUUAUGGACCGGUCAGAGCCCACACAAGUUUACUGUUUCUGGCGACGAACGAGAUAAAGGCUCGUGGUGGGAGAAUAUGAUUGCCGCCCUUUUUCAGAGACACUCACCGGUCAGCUGGCUUAUCCGCACUACCCUGAGUGAAUCAGAAAACUUUGAAGCAGCUGUUUACGAAUUGGCCAAGACUCCCCUUAUGGCUGAUGUUUAUUACAUUGUUGGUGGCACAUUCCCCCAGGAGGGAGUGGUCAUCACAAGGAACAGAGAUGGCCCAGCAGACAUAUGGCCUCUAGAUCCUUUAAAUGGAGCGUGGUUCCGAGUGGAGACAAAUUAUGACCAUUGGAAGCCAGUGCCUAAGAGAGAUGACCGAAGAACACCUGCCAUCAAAGCUCUUAAUGCCACGGGCCAGGCAAACCUCAGCCUGGAGACGCUCUUUCAGGUUUUGUCAGUGUUUCCGGUUUAUAACAACUACACAAUUUAUACUACGGUAAUGAGUGCUGCCAGCCCAGACAAGUACAUGACUAGGAUCAGAAACCCGAGUUAAAAGCAGAAGAGCGAAUUCACCUAUGCUAUGAAGGAAGAGAUAUGCGCCUAUAUCUCAGACAGGAAGGUGUUGCCUACUCUACUAUCCAGCAGGAAGAAGAAAACUUGCCGUCUGAUGACAGCCCAGCCAAUCAGACUGUAGCUGCCCAACCAAUGAGAAGCCUCCAUACUUUGGACCCCUAGCCUCCUCCAGUGAACUCUUUCAUUAUUACAGUCCAUCCCAACUCCCUCUUUUCCCUAUGAAAGCAAACUCCUCUUUCCUGUUUUCUGGAUUCGCCUGUGGUCUGCCAUAGUUUGCCUAUCCUGAAUUGUAAUUCCUGUGGCUAUUCCCAAAUAAACUUGCUUUUGCUGGCGA